AGGUGUCCGCGCCCGCCCACCCCAGCGGCGCGCAUGCGGGCCCUUCCCGGGGGGACGCCUGCGGUCCGCCCAGGCGCCCCCCCGCCCCCUCCGCCGCCCCGGGCCGCAUGGGGUGGGGCCGUGCGCGGGGCGGCUACGGCAGAGGCGCCGGCAAGGGCGGCUGGCCCCGCAGGGUCGGCAGGGGUAAGGCCGGAGGCAGAGGCUCCCUGGCCGCCGGCGCCGGCCGCCGCGCGGCCGCCGCGCAGGCCGCGGCCUCCUCGCCGCUGAAGCGUGUCAUCAAAGGCUACCUCAAGAGGCAGGCGAGGGACGACGAACGCCGCCAGGCCGACCGCCUCGGGCUGCGCGAGGGCCCCGCGGCGUCCCGCGGCGGCGGCCAGGGCGGCGUCCUGGUGAGGCGGCUGGCCAAGGGCGGUCCGCCCAAGGGCGCCGGGAAGGCCGCGCGCGGCAAGGGCGUCGCCCGCAGCAAGGGCGGCAAGGGCGCCGGGAAGGCCAGACGGCGGGCCUCCGGCGCUCUCGCCCUCGCGGGCGCCCCGCGGGAGCAGCCGGCCAGGCCCGACUCCGAGGAGUACGCGCCCGGACGGAGCGUGUUCUUCAGGAGCGCUGGCGAGUCGGCCUCCGCGGGCCAGCUGGCGAGGCUCUUCGAGACGGCAGGCGUCGUCUCCAAGUUCUCCCUCAUGUCUGGCCCGGACGGGCGCUCUCGAGGCAUGGGCGUCGUGGAGUACACGUCCGUGGAGGCCGCGCAGUUCGCCUUCGAGAGCCUCCACGGCUCGAAGGUCGCCGGCCGAUGCGUGCAGGUCGAGGGCUACAUGCCUUAGGGGUGCCCAUGACGCGCGGCGGGGGCGCCGCGUCGCGGCGGCCUGGCGCGGCCUCCGCCACCGCCAUGCCGCCUCGGGGGCGGAUCCCCAUCCCCAUCCCGUGCGAAAAAGGCGUGUGGUUCCUCGUCGCGCCUCUCCCUGCCGCGCCCGUCUGCCUCCCCGCGGCUGCUCGUGCGGCCGCCGGCCAGACCGCCCCCCUGUUCAGAUGCCUGGGAGGGUGAUCGUGGCUGACCUGCGGUGGGAGCCUGGUCUCCCCGGGUCAGAAUUCGGGCCCCGCGCGCCGAGAAUCGGGCGCCAGUCCAGGCCGGGGAUGUGACCAUACCCGCCGCUUUGGAGAUGUGCCCCCGAGGACCUGUGGAGGGCUGGAUAUUCCCGCCCCCUUGAAUCCGUGGCUCCGAUUCCCUGGGGCACCUCUCGCAACAGGUUGAUCUGGAAAGCUCUCUGGCGUGGGCUCGGGGCCUGAGUUCGUGGCAGCUGCCCUCCGGAUGAAAGUAGGCCCGGCGGUUUAAUUCAGGCGGCCCGAAAAUGUUGCACUCUCUUUCGGUCUCCACCAAUUUGUGACGCCAACGCUGCUCAGCUCACAUCGUAUAGAUACUCCAUUGUGCGUGUGGUGAGUAGGUUCUACCAUCCAUACCACAGCCAUGACGCUUCCGCUCCCCUGGUCACUCAGAGAUCACUUGUGCCUGUGUGGACACCGCAUGUGACCCAUGCAGAGUGCACGGGGUGAUGCUCCAAUUCACCUCUCAUGGGAGGGUAUCUAGUACCGUCGACAUGAUCAGGCUAUUAGAGAUUUGUGUCAGGCAAGCUGGACGUCCUUGCUCCCGCUCUUUGUGGCCCUCGGCGCAUCUCAUACGUAGACUGCUUGUGAAGCUGUGCCGUCGUCUUCGAAAUUGGUAAAGUGAGGGGGCCGAUCGGGUUCACUUUGUUCCUGCGGGCGCAUGGCUGGAUGGCUCGCGGGCUCGAACCGCGGCGCGCGACGCUCUUCGUUUUCGCCCCCCCUCAUGUUUGUCCGCACUCGCAGGACGGAGAGGCUACGCAAUUGAACACGGAUCGCACGAGUUUCCGCUCGGUAGCAAGCAUCUCAACGAUGGAGCCAAC